CCACUGGGAGACGCGAAGAAGUGGGGUUUCAAUCGUGGGGGGCAUUUCUUUUUUUGCUCCCGACCAGCUCAGGCAGAGGAGCGGAUGAAGUUCCUUGGGCUGCCUGCUCCGGAGGGAGGCUGCCUCUUCGUGGCCGAGACGACCCGGGACCCCUUCGCGGGACACCGAGGAUCCGAGGACGGGGGUCUCUCCCUAUCGCCUCCUCCAUCACCCCUGCCCUGGGCCGCCAUCCUCCUCCUCUUCUUCCAACACCACCCAAGCUGGAUUCUGAUGGAAUUAAAAAGAUGUUCGUGUCCAGCCUCCUGGAUUUCCAGAAGACCAGAUACGCCAGGUUUAUGAACCACAGAGUGCCGCCCAACCGGAGAUACCAGCCCACAGAAUAUGAACAUGCAGCCAAUUGCGCAACACAUGCUUUCUGGAUCAUUCCCAGCAUCCUGGGCAGCUCCAUCCUCCACGUCCUUUCGGACAACCCCUGGGAGACCAUCUCCGCCUGGAUCUACGGCUUUGGGCUGUCUGGGUUGUUCAUCGUCUCCACCAUCUUCCACACCAUCUCCUGGAAGAAGAGCCACUUGAGGACUGUGGAGCAUUGCCUGCACAUGUUUGACAGAAUGGUCAUCUACUUCUUCAUAGCUGCCUCCUACGCCCCUUGGCUGAAUCUGCGGGAGUUGGGACCCUGGGCUUCCCACAUGCGCUGGAUCAUUUGGAUCAUGGCCUCCGUCGGGACCAUCUAUGUUUUCUUUUUCCAUGAACGGUACAAGUUGGUGGAGCUGGUGUGCUACGUCAUCAUGGGGUUCCUCCCUGCAGUUGUCAUUCUCUCCAUGCCCAACACAGACGGCCUUUCGGAGCUGGUGACUGGUGGGUUUUUCUACUGCUUGGGCACUGUCUUCUUCAAGAGCGACGGGCGCAUCCCCUUCGCCCACGCCAUCUGGCACCUUUUCGUGGCGCUCGGAGCUGGCACCCACUAUUACGCCAUCUGGAGGUACCUCUAUCGGCCGGGCGAUGUCGAGGCAGAAUCCUCCAGGUAGACAGGUGCCUUAAGAAGAAGGAUUUGGAGGCGCCAGGGAUUUUGGGGGAGCCUUCCAACAGAUUCUCGUCCUUCGGUUCGCCCUUGGGAGGCAUGGACCCUGUGCUGGUUCCUCCUUCUCCUGAUGGGAAGUGGUGGUCCUUAGUAUUAUUUCCUUGGCCAAACUUGCCCAAGCCCCAAGGGUUGGUUUUUUUCUAUUCUUAUUUUUAUAAAUCAGUGUUUUUAGGCAAGGGUUUUGUAAUGAAGCGAACAAUUCAUGGAUAUUCUUGAAAAGGCAAGAGGGGAGGGAGAUAAACAGACCUCUGUCUGGAGGAACUUGGAAGUGGUCCUAAGUGUUCGUUGACACAAACUAGUAUCAUGGUAACCGAAUAGGAAGCUGGCAGGAGAUUUACAUUAAUACCAGUCAGAAGAGGGCCCAUCAUAAUUGACUGGUUGUAUUCUCAUUUCCUACAAACACACAAAAAAAAUCUGCCCCUCCCUCGCUGGCUGCAAUUGGCUUAGCUGCUGUGAUGUCACAGCACAGACAAUCAAGGGCCAGGCGGUCAAAUGCUUAGGCUAGUUUUUUUGGAAGCCACAGGAUCUGAAUCCUCCAACUUUUGUCUGGACGUUGUGGACUUUGAAAUGACAUCUUCAGCUGAGCCGUUUCCGCAUCUUUCGAUGGAAACAGGAGUGUUUCCAUUGGCGACUUCUGAAUGUGACGAGUGACCACAGGAAAAGAUGCGAACGGGCUAAGAAUCUGUUGCCCGUCAGUUGCAGGAUACAGUCAUAAAUACAUUGCCUGUUGGUCCCCGCAGUGUCCUAAAAUGCUAAACCUGCUUCUAAUAGGCAGGGGAUGGAAUGAUAUGCCCUUUUGGAUUGCAUGAACUCAGACGACAGGACCAUCUGAAAAAGCCAUCUGUACAUAGAAAAUGAGUUUGUCAGGAGGAAAAGUGCUGUGCCUGGCUUUCUCCUUGACGGACUUUGUUUCUAUGUGCAGGGAGAUGGAGGAACAUUCCAUCACUGGAAGCAGCACAGCCCUGACCUGCUUCCCACCACUAUGAAAACUAAGCCUUAGUUUUAACGUUUUACAAAAAUGAAAAAGUCAUCAUCAUUCUAUAUAGCCUUUGUGCAGAGGGUUCCUGGCUCAGUUCCCUGUUUCAACCUCCAGUUAGAAAAAGGAUGCCAGCUGAUGGGAAAGACAGCCAGACUGGGCAAUACUGGGGUAGAUGAACUGAGAGUCCAAUGAGAUAGAAAGAAGCUUGGGGUAGCAGGAGCAAUUUCUACAAAAGGCUGUCUGGGAUAGAAGCAGAACUUCCCGGGACUUUAAUCCUGCAAGGAUUGAAACUGAGAAACUGAGGUUCAGGUAGGUAGCCGUGUUGGUCUGACGCAGUCGAAA